UUUAUGAUUUUAACAAUAUUGACAGCAGCACAGCCUUUUUAUCAAUCUGCAGUGGUACAUCAAUCAGAUUUACAACCCGAUCGUCCGAUAGGCUAUGGAGCAUUCGGAGUUGUUUGGGCAGUUACUGAUCCGAGAAACGGGAAACGGGUUGCGUUGAAGAAAAUGCCAAAUGUUUUCCAAAAUCUCGCAUCUUGUAAACGUGUUUUCAGGGAAAUUCGAAUGCUGUCAAGCUUUAAACACGAUAAUGUGCUUGGCUUAAUUGAUAUUCUACAGCCAACAAAUCCGCAUUUUUUUCAAGAAUUAUAUGUGCUGACGGAAUUAAUGCAAAGUGAUUUGCAUAAAAUAAUAGUAUCACCGCAAACAUUGACCACCGAUCAUGUUAAAGUAUUCGUCUAUCAAAUUCUAAGAGGUCUGAAAUAUUUACAUUCAGCAAAUAUUUUGCACCGUGACAUAAAACCUGGCAAUUUACUCGUCAAUAGCAAUUGUAUUUUGAAGAUUUGCGACUUCGGAUUAGCUAGAAUGUGGGAUUCACGCGAUCAACAGAAUAUGACGCACGAAGUGGUUACUCAAUACUAUAGAGCACCGGAACUCUUGAUGGGUGCUAGACGAUAUACUAGUUCGGUGGAUGUAUGGUCAGUUGGAUGUAUAUUUGCUGAACUACUUGCCCGAAGAAUUCUUUUUCAAGCGCAAGGACCUAUUGAGCAGUUAAAUAUGAUAAUUGAUUUAUUGGGAACACCAGCGCCCGAAGAAAUGAAGACUGCUUGUGAAGGAGCUCGCAAUCAUGUAUUGCGAUCACCGUUCAGACCACCAAAUACUGCAAGAUUCUACGAAUUAACCAACCAUAUGACUUUUGAAGCCGUGCAUCUUCUGACUUCGCUUUUAACAUUCGAUCCGGAUAAACGAAUUGGCGUAGAAAAUGCGAUAAAUCAUCCAUACUUGGAAGAAGGGAGAAUGCGUUUCCAUUCAUGCAUGUGUUCUUGUUGCUAUACUACGCCAUCGAACAAUCGAGUUUUCUCACAGCUUCUUGAUCCUUUACAUGAGAAACCAUUUGAUCCAAAGUGGGAGAAGGAGUUGUCGCGAAUGUCGAUGUUUGAUUUGCGUGAUCGAAUGUAUAAUUAUGUAAUAGAAAGAACACCGAUGUUCGGCGUCCCACUUUGCAUAAAUCCAAAUUCUGCAGCGUAUAAGAGUUUCGCCAGUUCUUCUGUCGCUCAGCCAUCUGAACUUCCACCUUCACCAAAUGCGUGGGAUUAA